AUGGCCUUUCACCUUACCUACGAAGAGAAGAUGAUUCUACUUCCGUGCUGGAAAGAGGCCAUUGACCCUGCCAACUGGCAGAAUCAUAACGAGCUCCGCAAGGUGAUUGCCCUCAAGGGUAUCGAUAAUCCAGAAGGCCUCACGGCCCGAAUUGACCGCCCGCGCACCUACCUUCCGCCGGACAGUGUGGUCUCCGGUCCUGGAGUCUUGUCUUCCCUUCCGCUCGAACUCGUGUACCAUGUCAUUAGCUUCAUGGAUCUUGCGUCUGCGGAGUACUUUAGCCAGACCUGCCGCAUGUCCCGCUACCUGCUGGAACAUCAUGUGUUCUACAGUGUUAUUGCACGGUUUGUCCCUCGAUUGAGAGCAAUUUAUGCCCUCUGCGGGUUGAAGGGAUGGAACACUCUUUAUGGCCUUGCGGAGGAGUUGCACUACCCCUACUGCCGAACCUGUGGCCGACAAGGCACAAGCCUGUUCCUGCCCCUCGGAGAGCGUGUCUGCUACAACUGUAGCACUCAGAACCCGGCUUUCUGGUGCCUGUCCGUUUCUGAUGCCAUGAAUGCCUUUUGCAUGUGUCAGUCGCAGGUCGAGAGCCUGCCUCUUGUGAAAUCCCGGAUGACAGUCUUCUCAACCGCCAACUUCCCAGAGGUCAUCGCCGAUGAUGAGAGUGUUCUCGUGCCAGCCAAAGCCGCCUUCCUCGCCGCCCUGAAGAUCUGGGGUAGCCGCGAAAACAUGAUGCGAUAUUCCAAGCCCGGCGACCCAGACGUAUAUGCCGAUUCGACUCUCGACGAGGUUUUGGUUGGCGCGUCCUUCCGGUUUCUGCGCAACAUGCAGCUCAAGACCGCGGAUGACCCCAGCCAGCUUGACGGGCCGGUGAUUUACAUGCACCCGCGCAUGUCUAGCCUGGUCACUGUUCCGUUCCCGUGGGUCCCGCGCGACAAAGAUGACUGCGAGCACCGCUACAUGUGCCGCGGAUGUGACUGGCUCUCGAAGCAGUGUUACAUCGGCCCCAACCUCCUCGAGUACUCGGGUAUUGAUUCGCGGCUCCCUAAAGCCCGCCUGGAUCGUAUUAUCCUGGGCCGUCGUGAUAUCGCCCACACCUGGGAGGAGCUGAAGGAACACAUUGCCACUUGCGCCGGAGCUGGAGUGUUACUGCGCAUGUACAUUCUCGAGAGGGACCACGAAGAUGGCAUGGGGUCCAGUCUUUUCUGGUAA